AUGGUAAUUGCUGUUGUGUUGGUACUGUUUUGUGAUAUGGUUUGUGCAAUUCAAACCAAAAAUGUGACGAACUUGAUCCCACCAAAAGAAGCGGAAAGGUUCCAAAGACUCUUAAAAGAGAAAGUGUCAAAUGAACUCAAAGACGACCCAUCGAAGAGCAUCAGUUUGGGCCAUUUAAAUAAGCUGAAUAUGCACUUCAAAAUACUCAGCGACGAUUUGAAAAAAGCUAAUAAGAACAAAGGACCAAUCGAUGUUAUUAGAAUCCCAAGAAUACAAAAAAGAAUUUUGGAGACCCAGAACGAAAUCAGUGAGGAAAGAGCACGAUUAGAUAAAAAGGUUGGGAGCAUUGCGAAGAUAAUGGCCAAGAGUCUACGAAAGUACCAGAAAAUGUGA